UCUUUAUUUGAAAAGUGUUCCGUUAGAUGUAAGGGGGGGGUCGUUCGCCAUUGUUAAAGGACGGCGUCCGCAAUGUUGCUAAAAGUGAAACUUGGAGAAUAACAAAGAUUUUGUACCGGGAGUCUGCAAAUAAUAUCGGCCUUUUGUUUUUGAGAGCUCCAAGAUGGCUCAGCGUGUUGCGGUACCAGAUGGAGGAACAAAAAAGACCUCCAGGGUUCGGGUAGCGGUUCGUCUGCGACCCUAUAUGGGCAAGCAAGAUGAGAAAGGCGAGGGUCCGUGUGUGAGAGGCCUGGACUCCCAGAACCUGGAAAUAAUCAACUGGAGGAAUGCUACCGAAACAGUCAAAUACCAUUUUGACGUUUUUCAUGGUGAGCAAACGACACAGCAAGAGGUCUUCCUCUCAUCAGUGAAGCCCAUUUUAUCACAUAUACUGAAUGGACAAAACGCCAGUGUGUUUGCCUAUGGGCCAACAGGAGCAGGUAAGACCCAUACCAUGUUGGGCAGUUCAGAGCAGCCGGGCGUGAUCCCUCGAGCCGUUCGCGAGGUCUUCAAUCUGGUCAAAGUAAAGGCUGAGGAUGAAGGAUGGGACUACAGUAUUGGCAUGUCUUAUUUGGAAAUUUACAAUGAGAAGGUACUAGAUCUUCUAUCGCCAACCUCCCAGGAUCUGCCAAUCAGAGAGGACAAGGACAAGAACAUCCUUAUCCCUGGCCUAACUCACACAAAAAUCUCCUCCUUCUCAGAUUUUGACAAACACUUUGUCCCUGCUAGUCUCAAUCGUACUACAGCUUCUACUAAACUAAACCAGCGCUCCAGCCGCAGCCACGCUAUUCUCCUCAUCAAGGUUGUACGGACUCAGUGUGCCUUGCCCCACCGACAACAGACAGGCAAGCUGUACUUGGUAGACCUGGCUGGGUCUGAAGACAACCGCCGCACCGGGAACCAGGGCAUCCGCCUAAAGGAGAGUGGUGCCAUUAACCUGUCUCUCUUCACUCUGAGCAAAGUGGUGGACUCUCUUAACUCUGGCACUGCCCUCCGUGUGCCAUACAGAGACAGUAAAUUAACACGGCUGCUACAGGACUCUCUGGGUGGCUCUGCACACUCUGUCAUGAUCACCAAUAUUGCACCAGAGUACAAAUACUACUUUGAUACAUUUAGUGCACUCAACUUUGCUGCCAAGUCCAAGCUCAUUGUGAACAAGCCGUUCACCCAAGAAACUGUUGCUGUGCCUGUGCUGCCAGUGAAACGGGCCAGAGAGGACCACGAGGCUGGGGGGUCUGGCACUGAGCCACAGAAGAAAAGGCAGAAAGAGGAGAAGAAAGCUGAACAGGAUGGUUCCUCACCCUCUGCACAUUUUCACAGCCUGUCAGAGCCGUCAGUGAUGGACAGACUAAUAGCUCUGGAGAAGCUGAUGAUGAGCUGCCAGGACAAAGAUAGAACCACCAUGCUGAAAGAUGUGGCCCAGUCUCGCAAGGAGAUCCAGGAACUCAAAGAGAAACAGAGGGAGUUUGAGAGCAAGACCCUACUACUCAGUCAGUUGGCUGGAGAAAAGUUCAGUACCAAACAGGAGCCCAUCUUCAAGAACAACACGGCUCCUCUGCAAAGAAAACAUGCGAAUGCCACAAAACAAAAUAAGCAGCAGGCUGUGGUCCAACCGCUACAAGUGUGCCAGCUUCAGCCUCUUCAGCAGCUUGCAGUUGUCAAAAAACAGUCUGUGUGCGUCAAGAAGAAAGAGAAGAAGCUUUCAGACCAGGUUGAGCUUCCAGAUGGUAAAGAGAAUAUAAUACAGAAUGGCUGGGAGUCCCAACUUGACACAUCUGUGCUAGAGCAGUCCAGGCAGAAAAUCCUGCACAUUCUCAACACCGGCUCCCUCAAAGAGCUGAAAGGUCUGCAGCAGAUCGGCGACAAGAAGGCAAAGCUCAUCCUGGGCUGGAGGGAGAUCCAUGGUCACUUCACAAAGUUGGAAGAUCUGGUAAAAGUUGAGGGUAUGACAGGAAAGAGAUUUUCCUCCUUCAUGAAGGCAAACAUCCUGAGUGCCAUGGGAACGUGAUUUUUUUUUUUUUUUUUUUUU